GGGGGGGUGGGGGGAAGCGAGCCCAAAUCACGGAAGAGAUUCUGCAGUCCUACUAGUUUGGCAAGUCCACGGGGCUCAAAGCAGCGCAGAAAAAAGGCGGAGGAGAGCUCCGAAAGUCACUUUUGGCGCACAUUUCACACAGUUCUCUUCUCCCGCAGACGGCAAACGACAGGGCAGUCAUGGAGGGUGCCAUCCAGGCCGUGGUGAAAACCUUCCUGAAGUCAUCCAAAGGAAAAGAGAAUAUAGGAAAGAAAGAUUUUCAAAACCUCGUCUCAUCCCAGCUCGGCAACAUCCUUUCGGGUGCAGACAGCAAGGAAGCAGUCAACAAUAUGACUCAGGGACUAGACUCUGACGCUGACGGCAAGGUUGGCUUUGAGGAAUACAUGAAGCUAAUAGGCUACCUAGCCUGCUCACUCAGUGAGCAGCGUGUCCUCAGCAAAGAGGAACCUGCAGAAAAUAAUGCAUCCCAACCAGUGCAAAGCUCCCCUGAUGGCGCAGCAGAGCAACCAAAAGAGAACACGGAGCCAAAGGAGGAACCAAAACCAAAAGAAAACGACGAAACAAAGGCAGACCCGACUGUUGAGGCAACGGUAGAAGCAAAAGCGGACGCAAACGCCGAGGUAAAGGUAGAAGCAAAGGCGGAGGGGGAAACCAAGCCAGAGGCAGCUACGGUGGAAGCAGCAGCGUCGGCCGAGGUAAAAGCUACAGAAAAAGCUGAGGAAACGCCAAAAGCGGAGGAGCCAACAGAGAAGUUGCCUGCUGCUGCGGAGGAGAACGUAGCGGAGAAGACGGAAGAGGCGUCUUCAUAGGGGACAAUCCACUCCGUCACCAAAAUCACACUACAGAAAUCAACCCUGCAGAGAAAUGUAACACUAAUUCCAAAAUAAUGUGGAAAGCCACGAUUUCUAUAUACAUUAAAAUACAACAGUUUAAACACAACAGAAACACUAUUCCAUAUAUAUGAUUAUGUACAUGACAGUAGCGUUGUACUACUUUUACCACUAUGUUUAUAUGUACAGGAUGUGCAUCCCACUAUAUAGCACAUUUACCUCAUUAUGAUGGUGUACUAUGACAGCAUACAGUUGUCCACUUUAAUGUGCAUGCAGUAUCCAUGUGAAAGCUUCCCUGGAAACUAUGAUUUUCCUGCACACUUGACUGAAAUAGCUUUACUUACCACUACAAUCAACAGGCCUUCCAUCCACCCAUGCAUUCUCUUUCACUUUCUGUCACUUUUCCACUAACAGUAAAGCGAAACGGUUCUUUUGUAAAUCACUUUGCCAGCAAUCACUUUGCCAGGCAUGUGUGACUUAAAGGAAUAACGGGACAUUUUGGGAACUUGCUAACCAAAAUUUAUAUCAAAUGAACUUACCAAAUGCUUGAUUCUGAUCAAAUUUAACAUUAAAAAUAAUAACGAUAAUAAAAUUAACAGGCACUGGUAAAUCUUACUGAUUACAUUGUGAGCUCUUGUUUUUAUUCCAUACAAACCUAAUUUUAUGUUAGCCUCUGAAGCUAGCAGUAAGGAUAGCCGUUUCUCCAUGCUAGCUUAGCUUGUUUUGUACCCUGAUGGCAUGUUAUUGUUGCUAUUCAACUUGAAAAUAUUUCUGUAUUUGGUGCACUUAAAUAUGUUUUUUUAUAUAUAUAUUCAGCAACUUAACACUAAAUUGAAAGAUACAAACAUGAUUUUAAAGUUAGCUUAGCAGCAAGUAGAAAGACAAAUACAAAAUGGCUAUUUUCCACUGCUAGCAUGGGCUAUUGACACAUUAAUUUUACUUGGAAGGUGAAAGUUUUGAGUUAAAAAAAAAAAUCACAAAUCAACAGGAAUAUCCCUAUUUAGUUAAUUUCACUUCACCACGAACAAACACAUAGGCUAACAAUUAAAAUUUAGGUUAUCAGAUUGAUAUGAAUGUUGAGACAGAGCCAUUGCUCAGUCCUCUGUUAGCAGGUGUGUUGCAGCAUUUGUACUUUGAAAUAGGCAAGGAAUAAGCUGGAAAACUCUUGAUAUUGAAAUUCUUGUCUGAAAAUUCACAUACUUCUCACCAAACCUGGCUUAAAAUCCAGCAUAGCUGCAAUAUUAUAGUGUGUAGAUAAUCAUAUGUUUUCUGUUCUGGUGCUUUAAAUCCCAUUAUACGAGUUGUACACAAAUUCCACUUUUUUUUUUUUUUUUUACUAAGUUGCAGCUAAGUAGGUUAUCUAAAUUUUGACUUUAAAUGUAGUAGUACAUAUAGCUUGGUUUCAUUUUCCCCUGAAAUUGACUUUUUGUUUUGUUUUUGUCCAGUUUGUCCCUGUAAACAUGUCCAAAUAUUCCUUUAUUGGAUGCACUUAAAUCACUUUUUUGUAUUUUUCUCUAAACUAGUGGUGUGGCUAAUUUAACAACACAAUAAACAAACUAAUUUGUUAAA